CAUACAUAAGUGCAUAUUACGUACCUAUUCUGCCCGUCAGUUACGAGAAAUACCACAUCGAUGUUGGCUUACGAGGGCAAUCAUGGACUGCAAGGGAUCUAAUUGGCUGAAAAAAGAGAAGAAUGAAGUAUAUGCUGAAUCAGGCUCCUUGUUUCUUGAAGAUCCACUAAAGAUGCCUAGUCUUCAUAUAAAGCAUGACCCAGAACUGAAACAGGAUUUGGAUUGCACUGAACAUUAUUUUCUUGAAGAUGACUUGGGAAUCUCUCGGUCAAAUGAUUUUAUCAAGAAGGAUCCUGAACUAAAUUUGAAGGUGGAUGAAAUUGAGAAUACUGUGGCAGCCUCAAUAAGAACCGCAUCUGAUAGUACAAGUUUCAUUCGAAGUGCUGGUGAGAACUGUGACACUUCGUUUCAAGAAACAUUACACCAAGGAGUAGUCAACGACAAGCUGGAGAUAGAUUCAGAGAAGUCAACAGGUUUCACUGUGUGCGGUAGCUAUACCAAAAUACCGAUUUCACAAGAAGAUAGCUUAUUCAGCAUGAGAUGCAGUCGUAGCAUUAGGGAAAAGGAUUUUCACAAGUUUAACUGUAAUUUCUGCCUAAAGAGCUUCCCUUCCAAAUACACACUCAUAAUGCAUGUCUUCAACCACAUUGAUGGUGUGCAGGCACCUGCAUGUGUGUGUAAGUCAUGUGGUGAGGUAUUGCCCACUGAUGACCGCUUGAAAAAACAUUUGAGAAUGAGUGAGGGUGACCAAGCAUUAUCUGCUGCCAACAGUGGGAUAUAUGACUGCAGUGAUGGCCAUGAAAACAAUAUCUCCUUGGAGAGUGUACAAGAAGGAAGCAUGGAACAGACCGUGAAGCAGUCUUCAUCCAAGGAAAGUAGGAAAACUUCCAAGAAAUCCUUUAAUGAUAUACGUAAUACACAUACUCUGACACAAGCUGCCGAGAAACCCGAAAGAUGUAAUGAUGGAAAUUUAUCUACAAGUGAUAAUGUCAAUGUCCACAGCGUGCUAAGUGCAAAGAGGUGUCACAGAUGUGAUGUUUGUGCUAAAUUGUUUACUUUGUUAAGUGCUCUUAGGAGACAUCAAUUGAUACACACUGGUAAGCGACCCCACAAUUGCGACGUUUGUGGCAUAUCUUUUACACGCUCGAAUUAUCGUAUGAGGCAUGAGUUAAUACACACUGGAAAGAGACCCUAUAAAUGUAGUGUUUGUGAAAAAUCGUUUACUGAAUCGGGCAAUCUGAAGAAACAUGAAUUAAUACACACUGGAAAGAAACCAUAUAAAUGUAAUGUUUGUGAAAAAUCGUUUAAUCAAUUGAGCAAUCUGAAGACACAUGAAUUAAUACACACUGGAGAGAGACCAUAUAAAUGUAGUGUUUGUGAAAAAUCGUUUACUAAAUUGGGCAAACUGAAGAGACACAAUUUAAUACACACUGGAAAGAAACCCUAUAAAUGUAGUGUUUGUGAAAAAUCGUUUACUGAAUUGGGCAAACUGAAGAGACACGAAUUAAUACACACUGGAGAGAGACCAUAUAAAUGUAGUGUUUGUGAAAAAUCUUUUACUCAAUUGGGCAAUCUGAAGAGACACGAAUUAAUACACACAGGAAAUGGACCCCAUAAAUGUAAUACUUGCGGUAAAUCCUUUAGUGUAGUGUACAAUCUCACGACCCACAUCUUCAUACACAGUGGAGAGAGACCAUACAAAUGUAGUGUAUGUGGAAAAUCGUUUAAACAGUUGGGCAAUCUGAAGACACAUGUAACCAUACACACAGGAAAGAGACCCUACAAAUGUGAUACUUGUGGCAAGUCUUUUAAUGCGAAGUCUAAUCUCAGGUCCCAUGUAUUGAUCCACACUGGAGAGAGACCCUACAAAUGUAGUGUUUGUGGAAAAUCGUUUACUCAACCAAGCCAUCUGAAGGGACAUCAAUUAGUACACAUUUAACAGAGAAUACACAAAUGCAAUGUGUGCGAUAAAUCUUUUUCACAACUGGGUCAUCUAGAGACACAAAGAUUAAUACACGCAGGGAAGAGUUACGUGGGUAAUCUCAAGAAACCCACAAUAGUACAUACUGGCGAACGACCGUAUAAAUGCAGUACUUGUGGAAAAUAGUUUAACCAAUCGAGUAAUUUCUAGACACAAGAAUUACUUCACAAUAAAAUAGGUUACACAGAUAUAUUUGUGGGAAAUCUUAUACUUAGGUUGAUCGUCUUGAGAAGCAUGCUAUAAUACACACUUAGUAGAGGCUAUUCAAAGCAUUGUCGAGGUUUAUAGCGUUACACGUGUGUUACGAAAAUUGUUUGCAUCUGCUAGAGAGAGGUCAUAGAAAUUGGCGAAUCUGCUGCUUGAUGUUUCAAGAAGAUGCAUACUAAAUACUACAUAUGAAUCACAUGGUUGCGAUUUUUUUGUGAUAAAUGCUCCAUGCCUUAAUGAACUGGCUACCAGAAAUUUGUGCAUUGAGAAUACCUUUUACUCGUUUGGGUAGGAGUUGCAAGUGGUAAUAAGAACCCCAUCUUCACCAUGUGAAUGGAACAGUAUGUUGCCAAUAUUUUGAAAGAUACUGUGAAUUCAAGAUUCAUGAAGCUGUAUGCACUUGCCAGGUGACAGCGAAAUGUUCUUAUUAUACAUUCUUCACUCAGACUAUUUAUCUGAACAAUGGAGAAAGAUACAAAAAUCUCCUGAUUAUGCACACAUUUUACUGAGGUAUGCUUCCUUAAUAGUUGCUAUUUGUGUAGUUAAUAAUGUGCACACAUGCGACUCCUCCAUUAGGAAAUAACUGAUGGUGGCGAGUAUGCAGUGAUAAUCCAAAAAUUUCAAUCGUUUGCCUACUAGCCUUUUGAUUCACCUUCAGAAAGCAAUACAAAAGCUCUUCUGCAUGUAGUGCAUUGGUCUACAUGUCUACACAUAGCUCACACAGUAGCCAUAAAUUGUAGGCUGUUGAUCUGUUGCUGUGUAGACAGUGUGCAAUAGCAUCCCAUAUUCAUUCCAUCAUGAUCUAAUGGGUUGAACAAGGUGGGCAAGACAAGUGUGAGAUAUCAUGCUGCUCAAACCAUUGUAGUGUGAUUAUGGCCCUGUGACUUGGACAGUUAUCCUGCUGCAAGAUGAUGCCACUGUCAGGGAAGUGAUAAAGAGGUUGCAAUAAUGUUUGUAUUGUCCACAGCUUUCAUGAUGCUUUGUCUUGUAUCUCAUAUGAAUAUACCCCACAGCAUGACAUUGCUUUCAUCUUCCUGCCUCUGUUGUGUGGUACAUGUUUUGAAUAACCAUUCAUCUGGAUAAUGGCAUAUCUGGGCACUACAAUUGACCUGGUCGAACAAGAAAUGUCACUUAUCCCCACAUGUGACACAUCUUUAUAGGUAUGCAGUCCAAUCUCAAUUAUCGCAUUUCCACUGCUGCCGUAACUGACAAUGUUGUUAGAUCAACAUGGGAAUACAGAGGGGUUAUGUAACUUGGGGCCUCAUGCUCAACAAUGUCUGCAGAAUUGCUUGAGUCUUGAGCAUGCUCAAGCAUUAUCUCCUUUCUUCAGACUGUCAUCGACACCACUUUCCAGAGCAGCUAGGCUCUGAUCUCCCAUUCUCUAGGUAAAUCACAAGGAUCCUACACCUUUUUGUCAACUUGUGGUUUCACCAUCUUUCAACGAUGUUCCAUAGAGGCUAACAAUUGGAGCACAUGAGCAGCCAACCAGAUUCGCUGUUAGUGAGAUUCAAUUACCCAGGCACCAGGCAAAACCAUCUGCUCUUUGGCAAAGUUAUUUGUCUGUGGUUUGUCACAUACUUUCACUAGAAUGAUUACCCAUUCGCAUCAGCUUAUACAGUUUCAUUACUGUGUAAUGAAUGCCACUGGGCAGCAUACAGCUGUCUUAUGGAAGUUGAUAUAAUGAUUUGGAUCAACAGUGUAUAUUCACGCAAAAGGGUCAUUUGGUAAAUUGUGUAGUCAUUCAAAUUUUCAUGCUUUGUUAAAUUUUAUAUCAAUACACUACUGGCAGUUUGAGCUGUAUUUCUUGUGAAAUAUUUUUGUGUAGUACAAAGCACUGUACAUAAA